AUGAGAGGUAUCAACUGGUGGAAGGAGAGGAGACAUACAUCACAUUCCGGAAUUCCGACAGCCUCAAGACCUGCGACCGCCUGGAACGAACAGAAAACGGUUGAGCAGGCUAUCUUGGCCGCGUUUGAAAGCGAUGCAUUCAAGGCUGCCAUCGCGUCGCAGCUCGAUCCCACAAUUGCGAAGCUGAAUCAAAUCAAAGCGUCAAAUUUGAAUCUCGAAUCGACACUUCAAACCCAUAUCGAAGAUCAAAAUGAUCACCUGACCCAAAUAUCAACGGCCCAGCAAAAAGCAGAAGACAACCUCCCUAUCGCCUUGGAAACAAUCCAAGAUCACCUUACCUCCUCUGAACGUCAACUUGAAGCCCUUUUCGCGGCCCAGACAAGAACAGAAGACCACCUCCCUGAUCUCCUGAAACACUCCAUCGAGACUCGAUUCGAUGGCUUGGAAAGCCGAAUCGAGGAACUUGAUCGAAAGAUCGAUAAUCUCGAUGAAUCCAUGACCAAUGCAGACCUCAGAUCAGCCAUUCGAUUUGGAGAACUUUCAAAUGAGCUACAGGAUCGAAACACGACUCUAGGAGACAGAAUCUGGGAAGUCCAGAGAGACCUUGGAAAGAAGGUUGAUGGCCAGCAAAGGAGACUUCUUGGCGCAUCUGAAGAGCUUGGGAAAGAUGUCCGAAAUCUCGGGGACACUCUUGAAUCCAUGCAGGAAGACAGUAGCAAGGCAAUAUCA